GCGCCUUCAAUUUACAUUUGUCAUUCGGGCUUGUAGUACGUCGACGGCGGUUUAUAAAUAUUGUUACUGUUAAUGAAAAAUACUAACACCUAUGUCUUGUCCGGUUCGAGUUAAUUAAACAUUUUAACAAUUUACUAUUUAACGCGACCAUGCCGCUAGAAUUAUUGUUCAGUCACAUUGCCGUUUUGCCGUCAACGCCAUACGUCUCGUCGUUACAGUACAAAAAUGAGUGGUUGUACGUAGCUAAGGAAGACUCGAUCGUCAUUGCUUGUACUGAAUUCAAGGAAUCAAAGAACUCACACGGUUCAAGGAGUGGAGACAUUGCAUCUAGAUCCUACCUGCAAGUUCCGGAAGCCAAAUCUAUUUUAAACACGAAUCAGUUUGACGACUUACCAGCAGUGGGCAAGUCGUUGUCUCAUUUGCGGGAAUUAAUCAGCGCAACGGUGAAUCUGGAACAAGGCCAAGAACAACAGCCGGUGUACAACUAUGUGAUUUCGGCGGCCUUGGUCAUGAUCAUUGCAAUCGGCUGUGCAGUUGGGGUCAUUAUCAUCCGAAAGGGACGAUUCAUAGUCAGCUGUCAGCCAGCCAACAGAGUCAAAGCCAUCGACGAGGCUUAUGAGCUUCCAACAGCAGCCAACAUCAGUGAACAAACUGACGAGUCAAUAUCAACAGACAUCACCAACGAACCGCAAACUGAUUCGCGUUUAUCUAAUCCUACAAUCUCCUAUCUUAAUAUUUUAUAUCCAGGUAUGAAAAUGUAUUCAAUAUCUAACUAACCCAAGCAUUAAGUAAUGUUUAUAUAAUGAAAAUAAUUAAUUUUUACUAGGGUACUAUUUUGUGUUUUUCGAGUGUGUAUAAAUUAAUUUUUUAAAUAAUGUUUGUUUCAAAAUAUUAUUUUCAAUAAUAUUUUUUAUCUUAAGAGGGGAGGAACUAUGGGGAGGAAAUAUGUACUGGUCCUCGUAUUUUUUAGAUAGUAGUUAUAUAGAUAGUAGAUAUUUAGAUAGUAAGUAUAUUUAGACACCGUGCCGUGUGCAAAACCCUGCGGACGUGUGUAUAGUUAGACUAACGAUAUAUAAGGGAUUCCGCACCGUAUGGUCGGGAUCCACUUGUUGUUCUAGCUAUGUAACGUAGAUUAUAUAUUAAAUUUAGUGUGAUCAUUACAAAGUAUUCAGAAGCUGUCCGUCUCUCGCUUACGGGGAAA